AUGACAAGAAAGCACACCCGAUGUUCAUUUCUGGUAUCCACCACCGAUGGCGUUUUCAUCCUCGACAACCUUUGCAGUCAGGUACGGCCUCGGGAAAUCGCCCAGGUCGAAAGACUUCUCCUUCAUCAUCUUCUCCGUGUCGGCCUUCUUCAAGACGGUGCGCUUGAUGGGGGGGCGGUUGCGGCGCUGAUCGCGGGCGAAACCGUCUCCGGCAGCGACGUCGGCACGAUGGCUUUGGCGGAUGCGGUGGCGGGGCAGCAGACCCGGUACUCCGUCGCUUUCGGAAUGGCGGAGAGGUACUCCGGGUGGGCGACUGGGCCGCGACGGAGGGUCUGGAUUAGGGAUUUCGCAGCGGCCGCCAUUGAUUGGGAAUUGAGAAUUGGGAAUUUUCUUCAAUGUGCACGAAAGGCAAGGCUGUUUCAGAGACUCGGUAGAAAUCGUCGAGUUGACAUGUCUGAUCAGAAAUCUUAUGUGGCACUGAUGAAGCUUGCGUGCCAGAAUAAUUUUUCCACAUCAUCCUCCAAGUCGGGUGGCAAUAAAACUUAG